GACUGGAAAGUAUCUCGAACUCAAGUGACUAAGAUCGGUAUCUGCACGACAUCCAAGCUAAUAGCUCAACGGUAUAGAGGGAAAAAAUGUUUUGCUUUCCACUAAGAUAAUAGAGUUUCCUUCGUUCAUGUUUGAUGCACACAUCAUAUUUUUUGUGCCAAAAAAAAAUAUCUAAUUCGUUUAUGGAGGGGUUUAUUAGGGCAGAUAGAGUGGGUCGAGGUCGAUCCCCAGAUUUGGCAUUCUAAGCUUCGCUAAGUGUGGUCAGGAGCGUUUCCUCGCGAGUUUUAGUUCGCGUCUAGUAUCUCCCUGUCGUCAAACUAGAUGCGUACUUGUUACUACUAGCGUAUCUUCGAGCUUGUUCUACUUAUGUUCUACUUAGCUACUAUUAUAGCUCCAGAGCACAAAUUUUCUAUAAAUAGAACUCCAUCCUCCCCAAAUCCAGCCCAGUUCUCCAAAAACGAAAGCAAACACACAACACUCAAAGCACAUAAUACUCAGACUACACAAUAAAUUCACAUACCUUAAGUACAACCAACCAAUCAUGUACCUCCCAUCCAUCACGAACCACAUCCGCAUUCGUUAUCUUGCAAGACAGGCCGCCUCUCGGAGCUCUCAACCACUCUACCCCUCUCUCUUUCGACGAGGUCUCAUCAACCAAGCUAACCUCGCCAGUCAACCACCACCAAUUCCAAACAACAUGGCUACUAACAACAAUGCUAUCAUCAACACCAAUGUUUCCGCAUGCGGUCCUCAUGACCAUCAAUCUGGUAAGCUCGCCAAUGUCUGUACUUCCAUUGAGCAUAUUGCUGAUACAACAGUAGAUUAUUUGAACACCACACAAACACCCAUCGACAAUCACGCCAACAAUAAUGGUAUCGUCGAUCAAGUCGGCAAUCUCUCCGAUACCUCUACUGUAGUGGAACAUGUUUCCGAUGCAGAAGCGAAUCACUCGGACACCGACAAAGCACCCAUCGACAAGCUAACCAACAAUGAUGGUAUGGACGAUCAACCUGGCGACUUCUCCAAUGCCUCCACAUCCGUCAAGCAAGCUGAGCAAGCUGAACAAGUCGAGCAAGUCGAGCAAGCAGAGCAAGCAGAGCAAGUCAAGCAAGCAGAGCAAGUCGAGCAAGUCGAGCAAGUCGAGCAAGACGAGCAAGCAGAGCAAGACGAGCAAGCAGAGCAAGUCGAGCAAGUCGAGCGUACUGCAUAUCAUUCCUACGCAUCAACACACUACUCAGACAGCGACAGCAACAGCGAUCCCAGCGACGAAAUCCCCUGGAUCGAAAGUCCAAGCCAAGGCAUCUGGUUGCAAAACUACACCCACGUGCGGCAAUCCGAUGCUGAAAACCCCAACGCCGAUCUCAACGGUGGGGGCGAGGAGAACUCUUCCGCAGAAUCGAUUAAGGAUGAGGAAGGGGAGGAGCGAGUGAGCGAGGAAAUGAGGGCAUGGAUUGAGUUUCGAUUUUCGGAUGCGAGGAAGGAGAUGCGUCAGAAGAAGUGGGAGGAGGAGGAGAUUGUUAAGAAGGGGGGCGUGCGCGGGCUUUCUGAGGUGUAGAUUUGAGAAUGAGUGGGUGGCUUGUGGCUGAGAUUUUCUUCUGGAGAAAUUAUUUGUGGAUAUGGGGAUGAGGAUGAGGAUAUGAUGAUCGAAAAGCGGGUGAUUGUGUUUUUUUUGGGGAUCAUACUUUGAGGUAUAAUAGCAGGAGUUUAGGUCUUUUUUUGGAGGGGGGAGGGGAGUCCUACCUUUAGGUAUAACAGCGAGAGUAAUAGUAAUAGUAAUAGUAAUAAAAACGACCAGCGCUUCAACCAACCAAGUAUCCAAUGUAAUUCUCAUCCCUCAAACCUACCUUCAUGAAUCACAAAUCAAACAUGACAGCCCUCAAACCACAACACCAAACAAUCCACCCCCCUCCCAUCCCAAAUCAGUCAAGUGCAAUCAAGUGCAGCAACCAACCAACCAACCAUCUCUAUCAGAUCACUUAAGGAUAUCGACCAAACAUACUUUUCGGGGGUGCGACCCGAUCUUUGGUAGAAGAUAGAGGAAGGAGAGGAGAGGAGAGGAAAGGAAGCGAAAAUUAUUGGGGCGAGAGAAAUAAGAAUCUUAAGCAUAUAUUACAGAUCUUGAAAAGAAGAAACUCAUCCGACAAUAAGACAUCAAGAACCGAGGAAUCUCUUUGA